AUGGUAUCCUUGACAAAAAGUAUUAACUAUUAUUUAUCUUAAACGACGUAUUUAUCUUAAACAGUGGUUUCAGUUUUCUAAGAUUUUCGUACAAACCCAUCCAUGAAUAUAGGCAAAAGUAGCAGAUGGCCACCGAAGAAUAAGCUCGUACGAAAUCAGCAAUAUUGUCAACAACAGCAACAGCAGCAGCAUAUUCAGCAACAAUUAUCCUAUAACCCGAAACCUUUGGUACUGUAUGAUCAAACAACGAACAAUGCCCCACCACUUGCACCGACUACUUCGUUUUUAAUUGCUUCGUCAACAUACACGCACGGCUCAUUUUCUGGAGAUCAGUAUAACAAUUCUGGAGUCACGUUGAUACCGCAGCCGUACUUUAAGCCCCCGGAUGUACAAACAUUUUGCUUGAUUCAAGAUCGACAAAAUAUUCAACAACAAGAGCAACCAUCGCAUAGCUCGUAUUAUAAUAUCUCAAACACUUGCAACUUACAAGCAAUUAACAGUACUUCAGCAUUUCAAUUUCCCAAUCUCGGUCCUUACGCGGCUACGGCAAAUUUCACGAACAGUCAAGUCACGGGUCCCGUUCAAACCAUAUACUCCAAUCAAAUCUUCCCUAAUCCUCCAGCGAAUUUAGUUUAUGGUAGUUUACAAAGAGAUAAACCUGUCGUUUCUUCUGCUACACUCGACAAGAAAAGCAAGAUACCUACAGUUAACACGUCACAAAUCACGCCGACAUCAUCUGAAAAUUACAACGAAUGGCCAUGUCAAGCAAUCACCUCUCCUUUUAACAACUUAUUCAGCAUAAAACCGAAUGCAGACGAUGAGACAAACCGAGAGAUCAUCGCAAAUUCUUUGGAAAAAACCACGUCGGACGUAUCUACGAAAACCCAAGAAGAACAUUAUUCCGACGAAUCGUCGGCUAGCUUCGAUUUUACAAUCGAAGCUGAGAAAAUGGUCUCGGCGCUUUGCAACAUAUCUUCGAACGACAUUAACAAAGAAGAAACGAAAACAGAGAAGUCGAGUUCAACACCGUUGUUUAACGGAGCUGGCGAUACCGCGUCGAAUAAAAAUAGUUGGUUUGCCGAAUUUUGUGCAAACUAUGGAACUGGUACCUCGAUAGCUAUUCAAACGGACGGACCGUGCCUCGAUAGGACCCAAUAUCCAGAAUUGUUGCGAAAAGUUAUCUACUGGGGAUGCACGGAAGGCGAGAUCCUUUUAAAUAAUAAUUCCAAAACGAACGCUAGAUGCAAUUGGUUGAGAAAUCUUUGUACCGCCACCAAAACAGCAGUUACCAAAUCUUCCACUUGUUUCCCAAUCUUCGCCGGUGAUCGUGUUUUCAUUGGUGAUUUGAUAAACGCUUUGUUACGCAUUAGCAACGGCUGGCUCAUUCUUGAUAAUUAUUUAAACAAGCAACAUUAUCCAAGCCUGGACGAUAAAUUCGACUGCGAGUUGCUGAGAUGCUUUCGUCUGUGGGAAGAGAGCACGCACGAACUGCUGAAUCGAAUCGUCCAUACGUUCUUAAAGCUGGAAGAGAACGGUGAUGUUUCUAAUUUCGAACAAAAAUCAGAAUCAUUUGGAACCUCUUUUCCAGGUGACGUUUCAAUUUACACGAAUCGUGACUUGCUCAAUUCGCCUUCAACUAUGAUUAUGUCGAAGCAGAAGUCCGAUAAUAAAAGGACCAAUCAAGAUUCCUGUAACGGUGCUCAGCUGUCAACCGGAAACCUGCGAAAUUUCAGCCUCUACAAUGUUAACCAGGAGAAACAGUCGUCCAUCCAGAAAGAAUCGAAAUUACGAAGGCACGCGGAAUCUGGAAGUCAGGCGAAUAGUAGAUUUCGUUCGAGGGGGAAUUCGUCCUCUGCCAAGACAGAUAUGUCCGCGCAAUCGGUGAACGCAGAAUUCUUUCAUCUGAGAAGCAAAAUUCUUACGGAGAGUAAUCAAGAUACAUGUAGACAAUGGUCAUUCAAGGAGAAGAAGCAAGAGUUUCCUGACAAUAAAGUUUCGUCGCAGGAAAAUGUUGAUACCAUAUUUAGACUACAACGUCAAUUAGAUGAAAAUUGUGAGAGCAAUUACGCUCAGAAAUGCUUAUCAAGGGUGGAAUCGUCGUUCCUGAAUCCUUCGAUUAAUUUAGAAUCUGUGUACUUUCCAUCUACUAACGAACACGAAAAUUUUUAUCACAGUUACGCUGUUUGUCCACCGUAUGCAGUGGAUUACGGAAACAAAAGUUCGAAAAAUUUCGAGCAGAAUCACAUGAAUAAAACGAACAUGGAUUUAGUUUACGUUGGCAAAUCAUCAACAAAUCAACUGGAACUGGCCGCCGUGCCAAAAGAUAAAAUGACGUUACUCAGUCAAAUAGAACCAAGUAUUCCGGAAAAAUCAUCGGAAGAGAUGACUGCCAAUUUGUCAGCCUGGUUUGCCAGUAUGAGGAACUCUGAUAACCGACAAAUGCCAUUUAUGAAUCUGACAGAUAUGAGUACAGAAACAGUUAUACCGCGAGGAUCAACGCGUCCAGAAGUGUUGAAGAAUACGAUGGAUCUCAAUAACUGUAUAAGACAAUUGCACAUCGACGCAAAUCGUCAGUUCCAAACGCUGCAGAAUAUACAGAGCGUCCAAACUGCACCUUGGAACGCAUACAAUUUGAUCAAUAAUCGUACUCAAGUACAACAAGUCUCUGAAGAGUAUGACAGUUCUGAGGAUGUUCGAGUAUAUAUGAAACCAGGAAGCUACAAUGUUCCAAAGAAAAGGCAUCAAAGAAGAUCCAAUCGUCGUUUAGAAAAUUCAUCUCGAAACGCUGCCAACGGGUCCUCGAACAAUCAUCGCAGUCAUUAUAUCAACAACAAAGAGAAGACAUUCUGCACUCCAGCAUCGUUAACACCUGCGUCCCGACCUUCUACGUCCAUAUCUAACAACGUUAAUACUUCUGCAAAUAUAAUGAAAGUACCUUUCCCGGCGACUCCUGUCGCACCGCCUCCGAUUUUCUCCCUCGAAAGUUCACCUAGGAUUUUAAAGCGAUCCAACACAUGUAAUUAUACCGUGUCUGAGGAUGUUACUUGGAAAGCAGCCUGCGCUUCCGCUGAAAUCUUAUUAGAGGCAUUGAACGUAAAAGAAGAUGUGGACGUUAAGAAAACGGAGAUCAAUCCUAUUGACGUUACCGAAAAGUUUGAUAAUGACAAAGAGAACAAUGACGAUGACACGACGUUUCAAGCGACGCAAGAUCAAGAGAAACUAGGAAGAAGUCUUCCGAAAAAUUUGAAAGACAAUAAUGAGGGUUGCGGCGGUGUUUCAAGUUACGAAGCAUCCGAAGAUGACUCUGGCUCCAUGAAUCACUUUUCCCCCAAUACGAGUAUCAACGAAGCUUUACAGUUGCCUGGUAAUAAGAAUGGUUCUAGUAAAAUGAAUGUAAAAACGGACUCGUGGUUGAUCAAAACAUUGAACAACGCUAAUAUGGCAAAUAAACAGAAACGACGGAAAAACAGUGCCGUUCCACAUAAUUCCGAAUCAUCAAACAGUUCCGUAACAGAAAAUGAACAGACGAUUCCUGUUGUUUCGCUAGUGACCAAUAGCACUGUAACAACAGUCGCAGCAACAACAACAACAGUGAAAAAUCUUCAACAGACUAUUAACUCGAGGAAAAGUUCGUGCAUUUCAUUGAACAAUGACCAAACAACGUCGGAAGAGACCAAACGUGUCAUAGGAAAAGCCACUUACUCGGAGACUGUACGACGUUACACGUCCUUAAGUACUUCGCUUUCGGAGAAGAAAGAAUUUUGUAAGAAAAGCAAAUUGAAUAUCGCCAAUGUAUCAACGAUCUGCAGCACUGUAAUACCGAUCCCUGGACGCAAGUGUCAGAGAAAAGAUUUCGAAAAAUCGUAUUAUCUCUUACAUAACAGAUCUCGUAAAUGUCCCGGCAAGAGAACAACGAAAAAUUGCGAUGUCAACGAUUCUCAAGUGGAGGAAAGAUCGAAAUCCACAGUCGCGGUAAAACACGGGAAGAAAAAGGAAAAUGCCGGAUGCAUCGAAUUUUUAGAUGGGAAAUUUGGUGGAAAGGUCAGCGACAGAGGUUGGUCCGUAUGGUAUAGUUCGAAAAGGAAACAAAGUCUCAGUCCGCUUGCGCUGAGCAAAUUAGAAAUGAUACAUCAGACAGUUUGGCAAAUGGAAGAAGCAGAAAUUUUCAAAUGUCCAUCUUCAGAAAACAACAGUGACAAGCAAUCUUCUUCAUACACAAUCGAAGACUAUUGUAAAGUUAUUAAAAGUCCAAUGUUCCUGGAAACGGUGGAAUACAAACUGAAGAAUCGAGUUUACCAUAAAGUAGAACAUGUGGUUAGAGACUUUCGUCGUAUCGUUUAUAAUUCAAAAUUAUAUCAUAAGGAUGAUCAUGAUCGAGUAAAAACUAUUGAAACACUGUCGAAGAAACUUGAAGAACUGUUCGAGGAACAUUUUGCGAGUUGGGACUUCGACAAUAUUAGUGGUAGUCCAAGGGAAAGUUCACCAGUGCUGCAUCGAUUUAAAAUGGCUGGACAAAAAUCAAUAACUGAACGUUACGGUAACACGAAGAAAUGUUCGUCUUCUUCGAUCACCGAUAACAUAUAA